AUGCUAGUUCUACCACCUGCAUACGUCGACGAGCUCCGAAGCUUGCCCUCGUCAAUUGCGAGUCCUACAGUGGCACAUGCCCAUAACCUCAUGGGAUCUCACACAAAUAUGAACAUCAUCCUGCGCAAUAACCUACACUUCCGAACCUUGGUGGAGAAAGUGACGCCAAAUUUAAAUUUUUUGACUGCGCCUAUGCAAGAUGAGCUUGACUACGCAGUUGAGAAAGAUCUUCCCGAGUGCGAGGGUGAAUGGGUUUCAAUCAAACCGUACCAUGUUAUACUUCGCUUGGUCUCACGUAUCAGUGCUCGGAUUUUCCUUGGUUUGCCCCUCUGUCGAAGUGAAGAGUGGCUGGAGAUAUCAACCGAGUUCACUGAAAAUGUAUUCGUUUCAUUAGUUGUGUUGAGACUAUUUCCAAUGUGGACACACGGACUUAUAAGUUUUUUGCUACCGUCGUCCUACAAAGGCGCGAACUACAUCAGGCGUUCCAAGAAACUUCUGGUUCCAGAAAUCAUCCGUCGACGACAAGAAACCCCCUCAGAAAAGAAGCCAGAGGAUGGUAUGAAUUUACUUUCAUGGAUGAUGGAGAUUGCCACGCCAACGGAGAGCGACCCAUCUGAUAUGGCCCAUCUACAGGUCGUCAUGUCACUCGCUUCUAUUCACACCUCGCAAAUGAAUGCAGUGCAUGUACUUUACGAUCUAGCCUCUCGACCCGAAUAUGUGGAGCCACUCCGAGAAGAGAUAAUUCAAUUAAUCAAAGAGGAAGGGCCGUGGAGACAGUGGCAGAAGCCUGCAUUUUCGAAACUCAAAAAGCUGGAUUCAUUCAUGAAAGAAUCUCAGCGCUUCAACCCACCAAGCUUGCUGUCGUAUCAUAGAGUCAUGCUAGAAAAACAUGUGCUCGCGGAUGGCAUGGUCCUUCCACGAGGCGCUCAUAUCAGCAUGCCAGUUAGCGCAAUUCAAAACGACCCCGAGGUUACGUCUGAUCCUGAGGUGUUUGAUGGGUUCCGUUACUACAAGCUUCGACAGCGUGAGGGAGAGCGACAUCUUCACCAGUUUGUUACGACUCAGACUACCAGUCUCAAUUUUGGACACGGCAAGCACGCGUGCCCAGGACGCUUUUUUGCCAGCUUGGAAAUCAAGAAUAUUCUGGUGAGGCUCAUCAUGGACUAUGACUGGAAGCUGGAGGAUGGGAAGGGAAGGCCUCCAAACCUUACUGCCCAUGAGUUCAUCUUUCCAAAUCCCGAGGCCAAUCUCCUCAUGAAGAAGCGCCGGAAGGAGCUGCUCUUGGACUCAGUUGUGCCAGACGCCCCAGUACCAGCGACGCGAACCGAGCCAGAGACCUCAGUUGAGAUAGAAACCCGGGAGCUUUGA